GACGACUUUCUCCCUCCUCCACUCGACGGUCGUCAUGUUUUUAAUGCUGAUGGUUAAGGGAAUUUAUUCAUCUCGACAAUAUCUGACAUAUUUCCCACCAAUAUGUCUCCCACCGAGCGUGGCCCGGAUAUGCCACCAGAUGAAGGGUCGCCUCUCCUCCAGUCCCGUAGUCCGACUUAUUCAGGACCCCCGGAUCCAUCGCAUAAGAAAAAGCGCCCUGAUCUCUUUAUCAUCUAUGCGACGUUCUUUGGUGUCUUUAUUGCCAGUAUUGAUGAAUCUCUCGUCCUGUCCACCUUCAGUACCAUCGCGUCGCAGUUCCACCUCCUCUCCCAAGGUUCCUGGUUGCUUGUUGCAUAUAACUUUGGAUACUGUAUAGCGCUGCCAGUGUACGGCGCUUUGAGUGAUUCGUACGGGCGCAAAAAUGUUCUCCUCGGCUCGUAUAUCUUAUUCACACUGGGAUGUUUUGCCUGCGGUGCAAGUGCCUCCUUGACACAGCUUGUUCUGGCCAGAGUCCUCGCUGGUCUGAGCGGUGCUGGAAUGGUGACACUCGUUUCCAUCAUUACCAUGGACCUGGUCCCUCCCAGUGAAGUCGCAAUCUACCGAAGUUAUGAAAAUGUGAUCAAUGUCAUCGGCCGCAGUGUUGGAGCGCCCCUCGGUGGUUUGCUCUCGGAUACGAUCGGCUGGAGAUGGUCCUUCUUGGGUCAAAUCCCCCUGAUCAUCUUCUGCACCCUCGUCGCCGUGUACGGACUGCCCGCUUCUCUCAACCAAACAGAAGACAAAGAUAAACAGCCUUCAGGCAAACCUCGCCGGUCGCGUCUUCGGGAAAUCGACUUUGCCGGAGUCAUCACGCUUUCUGCUGCGGUCAUUCUCUUGCUCUUCGUGCUUCAAACUUUGGGAACGAGAGAAGAAGACCAACUGGUGCCAACGUGGGGUCUGGUUGUUGCCUUUGUCGUUUCUUCCAUGGCCUUUGUCCUGACCGAGGUUUUCUACGCGACGAGACCUUUGGUCCCGAUGCACUUGUUGGUCCGGGAGCUGGGGGCCUACUGCCUUAUGCAGUGCCUGUUGUUCUCCGGUCGUACUGCCUUCGUCAGUAACGUUGUCCCCUAUUUCACCCGUGUCGAAGGAGAGAGUGACUUUGUUGCUUCGAUGAUGUACGUGCAAGUCGCCGCUGGUGUGUCAGUAGGAGGAGUUGUCUCUGGCUAUGUCAUUAAACGGAUGAGACGAUACAAGACCAUGAGUAUCAUUUCUCUCGGUAUCACAGUCUUGUCUUUCCUUCUCAUCUUCCUCACCUGGCGCGAUGGCUGCAACAUUUGGGAAUCCUUCUUCCUGUUUGUUGUCGGAUUUGCACCUGGUGUCCUCUUCUCAACCAUGUUCAUCGGCAUGUCUUACAGCUCGCCAAAAGAAUGUCUUACGGCCUGCAUCGGAACAUUUUAUCUCUGCCAGCAGCUGGGAACGAUUAUCGGGCCCGCUUGUGGUGCCGCUCUGGUUCAGAGACUUUUCAAGAACAACCUUGUCCAAGAUAUUGUGGAUAUUCCGGAUAAGAAGACAAUCAUAAAGGGCAUCCUCAACGAUCUCAGAUUCGCCGAGUCGCUAUCUGAGCCUUUACAGCAGAUUGUCCGGUCGAGCUACCUGAACGCUUUCCAGUUUUUGCCAGUAUUUGCAUUGAUCUCUUCUGCGGCUGUUUUGCCUUUCUUGGUAUUCCUCAAGGAGGAGAGGGUGGAUUAAUUGUAGAUUUAUGCGAUAGUAAUGUACAGUAUAAUUAUGGAGGAUACGGCGGGCAAGAGAAUUAAUGGAAGUGAGGAUUGUGAUGGCUAAUCCCAACGCCAACUGCCAAUAUUGACAACACACGCUGCCAUCUGGGCAAACAAAUAAAGAAGGCACUAGCGCUGCCACACAACCAUAGAUAUAUCCCCCUUAUCCUGUAGGUAGAUUCCUCUCUUCUUUUUCCUCUCCAGAUUCGAUAUUCUCGUCGAUGG